AUGACGUCAGAAGCAAUCUUCAAGGGAGAACGGAGCAGAGCACCGGGUACCCUUCCUUGGAACGGACGAGUCUAUGCUGCUGCGUGGGACUCAUCACAACAUUGCAGAUCAAGAUUCUACAUCUCCGUGAUGAGACAAUACACCACGUCCCGGGCCAUGGCCAGUCGGGGAGCCUCGUGCGUGGCCUGCUGCCAUGUUUGCGUUUUCGCGUUUACUGCAUUUCUCAUUGUGGCUGAGCGGACUGCGCGUGAGUUUAGCACUGCCGUUAACGACAACGACCGAAACACACACACACCCCUCCAGUGAUGGAGAUAGGCCUGCAUUCUCUCACCACACCUAGGCUACAAUCACAGCAAUACAGUGUUAAACCAGGGAAGGUUGCAUGGUUUCAUUCAUAUUUCCUAAAGUAAUUCAUUUUUUAAUUUGCAUUUGCAGAUACAUUACGAUCUGUAUAGGUCCGUGCAUCACUAGUGUCGAUCUAUAUUUACCAAGGUGUUACGAAAACAUGCAGCAGCCGCCGCGAACAACAUAUCUGCUGUAGCUGAAGUUAUGCUAAUAGAAAAGUGGCGCAUUUCUGUAAUAUUCGAGCGCCUUUUUCUAUGUGCCAUAAAUGGACAGGGGAAUGGGCGGACCCUACUCUCUCUCCUACCCGCCGGUCUGGUCCGGCAGAUGGUUCAUAUUACUGGGACAGGGAGAGAGAACGAGGGAGGGCGGGGGAGUGGAGAGGAAAGGAGAGGCAGAUAUGGAGGGAGAGAGCACCGCAUCGUUCAGUAAGUGGCUCUGGAGGCAGGAGGCGCGUGCAUUUUGUAGCCUAUUAGAGCUAGGAGACAGCAGCAGCAUCACCCAGGGCCUACCCGGUCCUCAGCCUAUAGUCGUGAUAGAGGUCACAUGCACACACACACAGAUGUUGAAACUGUCUUCAUUGUUCUACUGCUUAUCACAUUUGCCGUUUGGGAAAAUAUAUUACACAUUCAUUAGAAAAUUACAUAUUGAUUACGUUUUAAUUAGCAUUCUCCUCUGUGUCUUGGGUGUUAUGGACAAUUUGGUACCAUGUGUGUCCAGUUUGGUACCAUGUGUGUCCAGUUUGGUACCAUGUGUGUCCAGUUUGGUACCAUGUGUGUCCAGUUUGGUACCAUGUGUGUCCAGUUUGGUACCAUGUGUUUCCAGUUUGGUGCCAGGUGUGUCCAGUUUGGUACCAGGUGUGUCCAGUUUGGUACCAGGUGUGUCCAGUUUGGUACCAGGUGUGUCCAGUUUGGUACCAGGUGUGUCCAGUUUGGUACCAUGUGUGUCCAGUUUGGUACCAUGUGUGUCCAGUUUGGUACCAUGUGUGUCCAGUUUGGUGCCAGGUGUGUCCAGUUUGGUACCAGGUGUGUCCAGUUUGGUACCAGGUGUGUCCAGUUUGGUACCAUGUGUGUCCAGUUUGAUACCAUGUGUGUCCAGUUUGGUACUAUGUGUGUCCAGUUUGGUACCAUGUGUGACCAGUUUGGUGCCAGGUGUGUCCAGUUUGGUACCCGGUGUUACCAGUUUGGUACCAUGUGUGUCCAGUUUGGUGCCAGGUGUGUCCAGUUUGGUACCAGGUGUGUCCAGUUUUUUAAAUGUUGACCUAAGUACCAAACAGUGCCCAUUAUUGUCACAUUAUUUUUAUGUAAACACCAGCUGCCAUUACACUACAAAAUACGGCCUGUGUGUAAUGUCCUGUAUCAUCUCUAAUGAUCUACGUGUGUGUGUUUGUGUGUGCGUGUGCGUGUGAGUGUGUAUGCGUCCACAGUGAUCUACUGUUUUGUGUACUACCUGUGGGUGGGGCAUAACUACUGUUACGCCCACUGGGCGGGGCUUACGGCCUUGUUCCUCCUCCCUGGGUGGGGUCCCCAGUUGCUCAGUUGGCUGUGGUACCAGGCGGAUGGACGUAUACGCAGCAAAGACCUCAAAUGGACUCACAUCCUACACCUGGGCAUCUUUAGAAGGUAACGUACCACUGUAGUACCUCUUUGGGGUCAGAGGUCAGCGAUGAAACAAGAACACUCUCUGACUCUGUGUUGUGUUCCAGGUUAUGGGAGACUAUGACGUCCGCUAGAGAGGAUCAGUGUAGCGAGAUAAUGCAGCAGGCUGACGUUUCAGCUCUCCGCCUGCUGGAGGCGCUGGUGGUCACUCUGCCACAGACCGUCCUGCAGACGUACGUCCUCAUCUGUACCGAUGUAGGACUGUCUUCACCAGGUAGGAAAGGGGGGAUACCUAGUCAGUUGUACAACUGAAUGCAUUCAACUGAAAUGUGUCUUCCGCAUUUUAACCCAACCCCUCUGAAUCAGAGAGGUGCGGGGGCUGCCUUAAUCGACAUCCAUGUCAUCGGCGCCCGGGGAACAGUGGGUUAACUGCCUUGCCCAGGGGCAGAACGACAUAUUUUUACCUUGUCAGCUCGGGGAUUCGAUCCAGCAACCUUUCGGUACUACACGUGUGUCUGUGUGUGUAUAUUUUAAUUUUUUAUUAGGGGGUAGAUCAGCUUUAAUACUGCAGAUAGAUUGUAGCUUCCAUCAAUGUAAUUGUCUGCAUCAUUUCUAAUCCCCCAUAUAUUUUUUUGUAAAUAUACACUACCGUUCAAAAGUUUGGGGUCACUUAGAAAUGUCCUUGUUUUCGAAAGAAAAGCAAUUUUUUUGUCCAUUAAAAUAACAUCAAAUUGAUCAGAAAUACAGUGUAGACAUUGUUAAUGUUGUAAAUGGCUAUUGUAGCUGGAAACUGCUGAUUUUUAAUGGAGUAUCUACAUAGGCGUACAGAGGCCCAUUAUCAGCAACCAUCAGUCCUGUGUUCCAAUGGCACGUUGUGUUUGCUCAUCCAAGUUUAUCAUUUUAAAAGGCUAAUUGAUCAUUAGAAAACCCUUUUGCAAUUAUGUUAGCACAGCUGAAAACUGAUUAAAUAUGGCCUUCUUGAGACUAGUUGAGUAUCUGGAGCAUCAGCAAUUGUGGGUUCAAUUACAGGAUCAAAAUGUCCAGAAACAAACUUUCUUCUGAAACUCAUCAGUCUAUUCUUGUUCUGAGAAAUGAAGGCUAUUCCAUGCGAGAAAUUGCCAAGAAACUGACGAUUUCGUACAACGCUGUGUACUACUCCCUUCACAGAACAGCGCAAACUGGCUCUAACCAGAAUAGAAAGAGGAGUGGGAGGCCCCGCUGCAGUUUGAGAAACAGACGCCUCACAGGUCCUCAACUGGCAGCUUAAUGAAAUAGUCCCCGGAAAAAAACCAGUCUCAACGUCAACAGUGAAGAGGUGACUCCAGGAUGCUGACCUUCUAGGCAGAGUUGCAAAGAAAAAGCCAUAUCUCAGACUGGCCAAUAAAAACAAAAGAUUAAGAUGGGCAAAAGAACACAGACACUGGACUUUUUCUUUGCAACUCUGCCUAACACACGAAAUUUGCUAUGAGAUGCGAAAUUGAGCUCAGGUGCAUCCUGUUUCCAUUGAUCAUCCUUGAGAUGUUUCUACAACUUGAUUGGAGUCCACCUGUGGUAAAUUCAAUUGAUUGGACAUGAUUUGGAAAGGCACACACCUGUCUAUAUAAGGUCCCACAGUUGACAGUGCAUGUCAGAGCAAAUACCCAGCCAUGAGGUCGAAGGAAUUGUCCAUAGAGCUCAGAGACAGGAUUGUGUCGAGGCACAGGUCUGGGGAAGUGUACAAAAACAUGUCUGCAGCAUUGAAGGUCCCCAAGAACACAGUGGCCUCCAUCUUUCUUAAAUGGAAGAAGUUUAGACCACCAAGACUCUUCCUAGAGCUGGCCGCCCGGCCAAACUGAGCAAUCGGGGGAGAAGGGCCUUGGUCAGGGAGGUGACCAAGAACCCGAUGGUCACUCUGACAGAGCUCUAGAGUUCCUCUGUGGAGAUGGGAGAACAUUCCAGAAGGACAACAAAUCUCUACAGCACUCCACCAAUCAGGCCUUUAUGGUAGAGUGGCCAGAUGGAAGCCACUCCUCAGUAAAAGGCACAUGACAGCCUGCUUGGAGUUUGCCAAAAGGCACCUAAAGGCUCUCAGACCAUGAGAAAGAAGAAUCUCUGGUCUGAUUAAACCAAGUUUGAACUCUUUGGCCUGAAUACCAAGCGUCACAUCUGGAGGAAACCUGGCACCAUCCCUACGGUGAAGCAUGGUGGCAGCGUCAUGCUGUGGGGAUGUUUUUCAGCUGCAGGGACUGGGAGACUAGUCAGGAUCGAGGCAAAGAUGAAUGGAAGAAAGUACAGAGAGAUCCUUGAUGAAAACCUGCUCCAGACCUCAGACUGGGGCGAAGGUUCACCUUCCAACAGGACAGCGACCCUAAGCACACAGCCAAGACAACGCAGGAGUGGCUUCGGGACAAGUCUCUGAAUGUCCUUGAGUGGUCCAGCCAGAGCCCGGACUUGAACUCGAUCGAACAUCUCUGAAGAGACCUAAAAAUAGCUUUGCAGCAACGCUCCCCAUCCAACCUGACAGAGCUUGAGAGGAUCUGCAGAGAAGAAUGGGAGAAGCUCCCUAAAUACAGGUGUGCCAAGCUUGUAGCAUCAUACCGAAGAAGACUCAAUGCUGUAAUCGCUGUCAAAGGUGCUUCAACAAAGUCCUGAGUAAAGGGUCUGAAUAAUUUUGUAAAUGUUUAUUUUUAAUAAAUUAGCAGAAAUUUCUAAAAACCUGUUUUUGUUUUGUCAUUAUGGGGUAUUUUGUGUAGAUUGAUGAGGGGAAAAAACUAUGUAAUCAAUUUUAGAAUAAGGCUGUAACGUAACAAAAUGUGGAAAAAUUCAACGGGUCUGAAUACUUUCCGAAGGCACUGUAUAUAUAUAUUUUUUUUUUCUUCCCCUAACCCUACCAUCCCUCCCCUAAUUGGAGUAAACUAAUGGACAACAACACUUAGGCUUCUACUUCCAGCUUAUACAUACUAUAUACAUUUUACGAACACAAUGUAUUUUUACAAUAGUUAUCCUUUGUUUGUUUUUAAUCCCAUCCUUCAGCUACCAUCAACCCAUCCCAUCUAUCUCUGAAGACCAUCCUGUGUGUGUUUGAUACAAUCUCCUUAUAGAUUAUUCAUGUUCUCUCUCUCUCUCUUUCUCUCUCUCUCUCUCUCUCUCUCUCUCUCUCUCUCUCUCUCUCUCUCUCUCUCUCCCCCUCCCUCCCUCCCUCCAGUGUCAGUGUGUUUUGUGGUGUGUCUGCUGUCCCUGGCCUGGGCCUUAGUGCUGUAUGCCAGAGCCUGUUCCCUCAUCAGACCUGGACAUCUCCCCAUGUCCCCUGCUGCAUUCGCCUGUAGACUGCUCUGGAGGGUAAGAGGGUAGGGGGGCGGGCUGGGUGUUGUGGGCUGGGCUGGGUGUGUGGGCUGGGGUUGGGUGUGUGGGGCUGGGCUGGGUGGGGUGGUGGGGCUGGGUUGGGUGUGUGGCUGGGGUUGGGUGUGUGGGGCUGGGCUGGGCUGGGCUGGUGUGUGGGCUGGGCUGGUUGUGUGGGCUGGGCUGGGUGUGUGGGCUGGGCUUGGGGUGUGUGGGCUGGGCUGGGUGUGGGGCUUGGGCUGGGUUGGUGUGGUGGGCUGGGUUGUGUGGCUGGGCUGGGUGGUGUGGCUGGGCUGGGGUGUGUGGGCUGGGCUGGGUUGGGUGUGGCUGGGCUGGUGGUGUGGGGCUGUGGGCUGGGGUGUGUGGGCUGGGCUGGGUUGGGUGUGUGGCUGGGUGUGUGGGCUGGGCUGGGGUGUGUGGGCUGGGCUGGGUGUGUGGGCUGGGCUGGGUGUGUGUGUGGGCUGGGUUGGGUGUGUGGGCUGGGUUGGGUGUGUGGGCUGGGUGGGUGUGUGGGCUGGGUUGGGUGUGUGGCUGGGUGGUGUGGGUGUGUGUUGGGUGUGGCUGGGUUUGUGGGCUGGGUUGGGGUGGUGUGUGGGCUGGGUUGGGUGUGUGGGCUGGGUUGGGUGUGUGGGCUGGGUUGGGUGUGUGGGCUGGGUGGGUGUGUGGGCUGGGUUGGGUGUGUGGGUGGUGUGUGGGUUGGCUGGUGGUGUGUGUGGGGCUGGGUGUGUGUGGCUGGCUGGGUGUGUGUGGCUGUGGGUGGUGUGGGUGCUGGGUUUGGUGUGUGGUGGCUGUUGGGUGUGUGGGUGGUUGGGUGUGUGGGCUGGGUUGGGUGUGUGGGCUGGGUUGGGUGUGUGAUAGUAACAUACUUAUUGUAUUGUGUUUAGGUCAGCAUGUUGGGAGCACGUCUCGCCACCCUCACACUCUUCACACGCCUGUUCCGUCAGUGGGUCCUUGGAGUUAUUGGUGAGUGUGUGUGUGUGUGUGUGUGUGUGUGUGUGUGUGUGUGUGUGUGUGGACGUGUUUAACUAUACUUGUGGGGACCAGAAGUCCCAACAAGAAUAGUAAACCAAGAAAUGUUUUGUUAGUCCCUACAAGGUCAAAUGCUAUUUCUAGGGGGUUUAGGGUUAAGGUUAGAAUUAGGUUUAGGGUUAGGCGAUAGGGUUAGGGUUAAGAGCUAGGGUUAGGGUUAAGGUUAGGUUUUUGGAUUAAGGUUUGGGAAUUGUAUGUCCCCACAAGGUUAGCUGCGCAAGAGUGUGUGUGUGUGUGCAGUAUAUGUGUGUGAGCAUCUCUUUUAAUGUGCGUUUGUAGAUGUGUCUAUUCAGUGAUGUUUGUCCUGCACCCAUGUAUCUCAGGUCUUCACUGGUUGGGUGCUACGUUCUGGUUGGUGUCUCAGCAGAGUGACAUCAUCAAAACGCCGCUGCGCUGGCGCCUGUUCAACCUGGUGCUGGGAGCUGUUCACAUCUUCCUCUUCCUCAACGUCAAGGACGGAGCCUCCCGAUGCCGCAUGGCCGGAUUCUACCUGGUGGGUCUCUCUCUGUCUGUGUGUGUGCGUGUGUAAAUGUCUCUCUUCUCUCUGUCUGCGUGUGUGUGUGUGUGUGUGUAUGUAAAUGUUUCUCUUCUCUGUGUGUGUGUGUGUGUGUGUGCGUGUGUGUAACUCUCUGCUCUCUCCUGCAGGCCAUGUUUAUCGAGAACGCUCUUCUUCUGCUGGCAGGUUCCGACUUCUUCAGUGCUGCAUCAUGGGAUAGCAUGGGUAUCCCAACCGCUGUGUUCUGUAGUUUCCUCAUUGGUGAGACAUGCACACACACACACACACACACACACACACACACACACACACACACACACACACACGUUUGUUUCUAUCCUCGUGGGGACCUAAAAUUAAUUUCCAUUCAAAAUCCUAUUUUCCCUAACCCUAAAACUAACCCUAACCACUAACCCCUUUACUCUUACCAUAACCCUAAUUGAAACCCUAGCCCCUAAGCUUAAAAUAGCCUUUGUCCUCAUGGGGAUGUGAGAAAUGCCCCCACGAAGGAGAAUUUACCUUGUUUUACUAUCCUUGUGGGGACUUUGGGGGAUUUUAGGUCCCCACAAGGAUAGAAGAACACACCAACACACACACACACACACACACACACUCACCUGUCUCUGUGUCCCUCUAGGUGUAAUAGCUAUAGUCCUGUAUUACCGGUUCCUCCACCCCAAGUCCUUUGAGAUCUUCCAGAGCAUACGUCACCAUGGAAUGGGCGGAGCUUGUGCCGACCGGGGCUCUUCUCUCUCAUUGGAUGAGAAGAGCCAUCGCCACGGUCAACUUGUGGGGGGCGGUACUUUGUUGGACCUCCCUAGCCAAUGGCAGGGCUGGAAGCACCACCACUGGCUGCUUAUUCGCCUAGCCCUGAAGACUGGGGAUGUGGCUAGAAUAAGCCAUGCCUAUGGCGAAGGGGGAUUGGCUGGGCUGCUGGGACUGCGGGAAAUGGCGCUGCCAAGGUCCCCGGACAUUCCGCAACAUUCUCUCAACGUUCCACAACCUUCUCCGAACAUUCCACAACCUUCGCCGAACGUUCCACAACCUUCUCCCAACCUUCCACAGGUCAAACAGGUGGAGGAGGUGAGAUGAGCAUUCCUUCCUCUUCUCCCUGAAGUGUACACUUCACAUGUUGUUGUUGUUGUUGGCAAGCUGCUGUGCCAUGUUUGGAGGAUCAGAACUCCUAUAUUUUCCAAAUAAAUCUUUACCCUGAAAGUUCUAUGUGGUUGAAUGUUGUCUGUCUUAAAACCGAGCACUUCUGGGAGCAGGCAUCAAGUUGAGGAUUGAUUUGCAGUUCUCUACUAUUGUUGGAUAUUAUCCUCUAUGUUUGUCUCCUGGGACAAGUUAGCUUUUUCCUUGAUGUGGAACCUUUCACAAUAACUUCUGUCUUCCUUCCCCUCAGGUGAUAAAGGCAGCCCCAGCAAGAGACAUCAUCAGUGAGGUGAGACAGGCGGUGAGACAUGAGGUGAGACAGGGGCUGUCCUCUCCCUCUCCCAUCCAGGAGGUCAAGCUGCCGCUGGUGGAGGUCCUAGUUGAGGAGGUCAGAGCCUGCCACCACUCUGAGCCUGCCACCCCGCAGGACGACUCCAGCCCCCCUCCCUCCGACGAUCGAGAUGACGAAGACUUCCAGAGUGCUGCCUAUGGCUCCCCUACACCCUCGUCCCCCAGGCACCCAGACUACCGACACAUCGACAGCAACGUGGUCACCUCCAACACCCAAGGGUCACCUUCUGCGGGGUCUCUGGAUGUCAGACGUGGUUCGUCUCCAGAGAAAAGGUCACCGUCCCUGCUGAUGGGCAUGGGAAGCCCCCAGCGGAACUUUAACCCCGCGGAGUCCGGCACCACCUUGUAUUUCAGCGCUGACGUGGUCUCCCCGUCCAGCGGCAGCUACCUGGGCUGGGGCUCUGAGCUGUCACCCAUCUCCAGCUACCGGAGCCCCUACCGCAUCAGGGAGCCCCUCUUCACCUCCACCCCCAGACAGGAGCCUCGUGCUGGGCCAGAGGAACCAGGCCCUGGCCCCUCUACUACCGCCACCACCGCCAUCACCACCCAUGCUAGAAAACAACUGGUCCAGUUUGUAGACCAUAGAGAGAAAUUGAUCUAGAGGGGCCAAUGGGUGGAGCGAGAUGAUCAGACCUCGUCAAAUACUCUCAAAUACAUGUUGACGUGUGUUUGAUUUAGCUCGACCGGUGUGCAGCUGGGUGGCGGAGUUUACACUUUUGGGACUAUUUCAUUAGUUCCAUUGUACCACUGUUCCAUUCCAAGCUAAAUCAAGCGUGCAUAAAGUAUUUGAAAGUAUUAAGGCCCAAGGGGGUGUGGUAUAUGGCCAAUA